AUGUCCGGCAACACCCACCUCUCCGGCAAGGACGCGCAUCUCUACGGCGCCAAGCACACCGCGCGCAGCAAGCGCAAGGAUAUCUCGAGCAGCAGCACCGUCGCCUUCUCCUCGACGCUGUCCACCCUCAUCAAAGCCUCGUCGUCGGCCGGCGACGCAAGCAAACCUGCCGCCCGCGCCCGCCAGAAAGACAAAGACGACAUCUUCAAGACCCACAACAGGAACGCCCAGAAACGCGCGCUCGCCGACCUCGACGACACGGACCUCGCCACGCAAAAACACCGCGCCCGCACCGCCGACGAGAAGGACGACGAUGCGGCCCACUGGAAGCGCACCCAGCGGCGCAUGGAGGAAAAGGCACGACUCUACAACGCCCUGAAGCGCGGCGACGUGGAAGACAUUGCCGACAAGUACGGCGUCGACUUUGACCGUAAAUGGGCAGACGCACAGGCCGACAAGGGCGUCGCCGGGCACGCAAGCUCGUCGUCUUCGUCGGACAACGACAGCGACGCCGACGACGACGCCGAAGUCGAGUACGUGGACGAGUUCGGGCGGACGAGAAAGGGCUCGCGCGCCGAAGCGCUGCAGGAGGAGCGGCGGAAGCGCACGCGCGCGCUCGACGCACCGGACCGCUUCACAGCCCGCCCCGAGGCGCCGGACCAGAUCAUCUACGGCGACACGGUGCAGACCCACGCCUUCAACCCCGAUGAGACGAUUGCGCAGGCCAUGGCCGACCUCGCGGCGAAGAGGGACAAGGAGCUCACGCCCCCGCCGGAGCUGCAUUUUGACGGCCGCCAGGAGGCGCGGACGAGGGGCACGGGGUUCAUGUAUUUCGACACGGACGAGGUGGAGAGACAGAGGCAGAUGGACAAUCUCGAGAAGGAGCGCAAGGAGACGGAGAGGGUGCGCAGCGAGAGGAGGGGUAGGCUUGAGGAGCGCAAGAGGAUGGUCGAGGAGAAGAGGAGGGCCAUGCGCGAGAAGAGGACUAAGGGCAAGGCGGAGAAGUUCUUGGAUGAGCUGGGCGUGGAGCUGAGGAUGGACGUGGACACUGCUGACGCGUCGAAGCUGGAUGAAGGCGGGUCUUGA